CUCAAUCUGUCCAACAACGUACUCAGGACUCUGCCGGACGAAAUUGGAUAUUUGCGCAGACUGCAGAUACUUGAUGUCUCGAGUAACCAGAUCGAGUCGCUGCCGCCCACCAUUGCAUACUGCCGGGAGCUGCGUGCCAUCUACGCCAGCUACAAUCGACUGAGCACCCUGCCUAGUGCCGUGCGCCAUCUCCACGCGCUCGAAAAGGUAGACCUGUACGAUAACCGGAUCAAGUGCGUGCCCGUCUGUCUGCACAACCUUCCAUCCUUGGAGAUCCUCGAUCUGUCGCUCAACCCGAUCAAGUGUCUGGCCUCACGGAUGUUCAUACAGGGCGGAAUAGCCGCGCUCAAUAGACCCAAAAUGCUAAAACUGGUGCUCGACGGUUGCCCUCUCAGGAGGGAUCUACAUGGCAACUGCCCUGACAAUUCCAAUUUGGGGUCCGGCAAGCCAACCCAAAGCGCUUUUCCCUCGCUAGUCGAGACAAUUGUCUGCAAGAUGGCCAACACAAACGCAGAAUACCCACACGAGCUGCCAGAUCAUCUGCGAGCAUGCCUAGACAGCUUGGUUGCCUGCGACCACUGCCACAUGCUGUAUCCGGCUGACAAGGGUGUCAAGCGCUGGCGCUUUGCCUACCGCAACAAAGUCAGUUUGCCUGUUGAGUACAACAUGUGCCGGCCACACUGGAACAACGAGACUGAGAGGAUUGCGUCGCUCUUUGGUCUGCGCAAAUUGGAGGAUGCCCAGCCAUACUAUAAGCACAAAUGCGCCGCUCUCGAGGCAAUCAUGCGGAAGUUGUCGCAGAACAACACCAAGCUACUAGGCCGCUGGCAG